CUAAUACCCUUAGUUUCUUUCCGAGGCCUGACGAAAUGGCAAGUAGACAAGAAAGGUGCAUCCACUGUGGAGUUCUACUUGUGGUGCCAGCAGAGGUGACUGUCUUUGAGUGUGGAGUGUGCCAUGGCAUCACCCAGAUUAGACCCUCCACAGCUCCAUGGAGUACUCAAGCCUACAACUCCUUUCAUAGUUUCACAGGUCGUUUUAGAGGCUUCUUAAAUACCAUUAGGAGUACUUCUUCAGUUAACACCAAUUAUGGUGGCUAUUAUGGGGCAAAUAGUUUUGGUCUCUAUCCUCAGCCUCAGUCACUAAGGCCAUCGUUUCAUGUGUAUGGCUCAAAGAGAGCUGUGCUGUGUGGAAUUCGCUACCAUGGGAAGAGUUACAAGCUAAAAGGCUCCAUCAAUGAUGCAAAAUGCAUGAAAUACUUUCUCAUUAAGCACUAUGGGUUUCCUAGUGACUCCAUUCUCAUGCUCACAGAUGAUAUGGAGGAGAGAAACCAGCUGAGGAUCCCUACCAGAUAUAACAUUCUAAUGGCCAUGAGGUGGCUGCUUGAGAAUACCCAGUCAGGGGAUUCGUUGGUGUUCCACUUCUCUGGACAUGGCACUCAGCAAAUCAGCAUGGAUGGGAACGAAAUCGAUGGGCUUGAUGAAGCGAUAUGCCCCGUUGAUUACGAAGAGCAAGGGAAGAUACUCGACGAUGAGAUCAACACUGCAAUCGUUAGGCCCUUACCACGUGGAGCUAAACUUCAUGCCAUUGUCGAUGCAUGCCACAGUGGGACUGUUCUUGAUUUGUCUUUCGUCUGCAAGAUGAAUAGGGAAGGGUAUUACUCAUGGGAAGAUCAAAGAUUUCCCAGAGCUAAUAAAGGUACAAGUGGAGGGCUAGCUGUUUCUAUUUCAGCUUGUGAAGAUAGUCAAACCUCCAUAGAUACCUCUGCCUUAAGUGGCACCGAAGCUACUGGUGUAUUGACCUAUAGUUUCAUCCAAACGGUGCAAAACGAACCUGGUCUGAGUUAUGGUCGAUUGCUGAGUGCCAUGCGUUCCACCAUUCGUGGGACAAAAACAGGCAUAGUGCCAUUAAAUGGUCCAAUUGCUUCCAUGUUCAACAGACUUCUUGGAAUGGAACUGAGACAAGAGCCACAACUAUCGUCUUCUGAGGUGUUUGACGUCUAUACCAGUCCUUUUGUACUCUGAUCGUUAAUUAAUUACCUCCUCUCAUAAAAUAAUUCAGACUACAUGCAUUACUCAAAUUUUUAAUUUGGCG